AACGGCUAAGAUCACACUCUUCAUCACACUCAUCCAUUCUAGGCUCCAAGCUAAUGAACCAAGUGCUUUACACCAGACACCGACGUUUACUGUGAGCUGUGGAUCACCUCUCCGUCGGCUUCAAACAUUGCAAGACUUUACCUGCUUCAGCCAGAAAAGGAAAACAAGUCGGGAUGGAAACCGAUCAAGAGCGCAAACCAAAAAGGCCUCACUACAUUCCUCGGCCACCAGGAAAACCUUUUAAGUACCAAUGCUUCCAGUGUCCUUUCACCUGCAACGAGAAGUCUCAUCUCUUCAAUCAUAUGAAAUACAACUUAUGUCAAAAUUCAAUCUCCUUGGUAACUCAAAAAAAUGGACAGACACCCAGACAAAUGAAGGCUGCGGCAAAGCCAGUCUCUGUCAAACCCAAGGAUGGUACAAGUGUCCUUCCUGCAAUCCAAAGCACAGGUCCUGAGAAACAAGCGGCGGAAGAGAAGAAAGACGACAGCACCGAUGACACAGAAGAGUUAGAUGUUGGGUGUGAGAGUCCUGUGACCAAGGACAACCACAGUAUUUCAAAACCCAAUAAAUUUAAUGAAAAAGAAAUCAGGGUGAGUGACGAGUCAAAGGAUCUGCCUCGCCCUUCUGCUUUCUCUCCUGUCACACCCAACCGAGACGGUGUUGAGGCCUUGGUGUCAACUGUUCAGCGGAGGGAGGAUUCACCUGCUCCUAACAUCCCCCACCAAAGCAGCCCAUGGGCCAGAACCCUUCCAUUUAAAUCUUUCACCCCCCUCAUGGUUCCAGAAUGCCCUCCCUAUCUCAUGCCAGAGCGACCCAUUUAUCCACCAUACUACCUCUCAAGACACAUUCCUACAAAUAACCAAAUUGAUCGGCCUUUACAGUCAGAGUUCAUAGAUCCCCAAAGAUCUCUGGUGCAACCACCCAUUGCCCCACCUCAUGCCGCACCGUUCCCACCUUACCCUUACAGGUACUGCCACACCCUUCACCCAGCCCCACCUCUGCCUUACACCCUUUACAGACCCCAUGAGCUUUCCAUGCCAAUCGCAGGACCCAGAUAUUUUCCAUUGGAUGGUUACAGUCAGAGCUUUGGCCAUAAGGAUUAUGACUUUUACAUGUAUUCACAUCCCAGUCAGAACAGCUCUCACAGCUCUGGCAGUGGGGAGGGCCAACACGGCCAAAGUGGAGAAAAGGAAACUAGUCUGAGUCCUAAACAGGGCUGUUCAGCUUUAGGGUCACCAGACAGACCCAAUCAAGAAAACAUCGUCUUGAGAGACUCUGAGUCUUCACAUAUGACCACUGGUGAGUCAGAGACAGCUCUCCAGCCUGGACACACAUCUAAGGUUGUAGAGCCAAUCAUAAAAGAUUCAAGGCAUGAGGAGUCAGCAGAAACCUUGCUUCAGAUGGGAGGUCACUACCUAGAUGGAGGAUCAAAUGGAAGUGGCCAACAUUCCUACUCGUCAGAUAAAGACGAACAAGAGCAAUCGGAUAGCCUAGCACCUCUUAACCUGUCAAAAAGAUACCAGGAGCACAAAUCUGAACACAGGCUGAUGGGUUUAGAUGGGGGUAAUGAGAGCGGCACAGAGGUCCCGCUGAACCUCAGCCUCCGACCUUCACGCAGCAGUCCUGCAAAUAGCUCUGCUCCGAGCUCUUCACAGGACCUCCCACAGAGGGCGGAUGAAGAUCUGGAUGAAGAACCAUGUGACCAAAGACAGACUGCAGCUCUGGCUCUCUGCCAGCUCGCUACUGCAAGCUCUGCAGCCUCCGCAGGUGAUUUUCCAUUCAAAGUUCAGCCCUCUGAAAACUCAACGGACUUCGAAACUCCUGACCCACAGAGUAACACCAAGCAGACUAAACAAGCUAAAGCAACUGGGAUGAAAAGACGAAACAGCAGCAUCCAGAGUGAGAGCAAAUGUCAAAAACUAACUAAGAAAGUAAAACCAACAGGCCGACAGCUGAGGAGGAGGACUCGCUGCUGACAACUCACCUGGGACGCUGGUAGUGAGACUUUCAUGUUGAAAUACUUUAACACCAAGUGUUAAAGUGUUACAACAGAUUAAAACUUAACAAGACAGACUGCUACAGCUUCUGGGAGAAAAACAAUCAAAACAUGUUUGAUUUACAAAAUUUCUGUUCCAGCUAAAUGAUUACAGUCACUAACUAGUUUGUUCAGUGUGGCAAAAAGGGGAGCUCAUUAUUUAAACCCUGCUAUCUUUAUACAAACUUUAUAAAACACUGUAAAACUGUGUUUUCAAUGUAAAUACCAAUAAAAACUGAAUGCAAAAAAUAAA